GCUGCCAGGGAGCGGUCGAGUUCCUUGGCUAGACAGGAGAGCUACGUGUUUCAGGAGAAUGACUAAAAAGUUUAAGUCACUCAGACCUCCGCUUCCCCUUCUGCUUGCUGCAGAAAGAGAUGUAACCUGAAUCUUUGUUUAGGUUUUGGUUGGGGAGCGAGAAUUAAAAAGCCACGGCAAAUGCAGAGAGCAGAUUUUUUUUUUUUUUAAGUCAAAAGUUAACAGGCCAUUCCCAGUGUUGUUUUUUUCCCCCCUCUUUAAUACUAAAUCUGGAGUAAGUUGGCUUGCUCUGAUAAAGAUCUUAACAUGUACAGAAGGCGGGUUUUCCUUAAGGAGGUGAGGCUAUUCCUCCAGGAGAAGACUCCCCCUGCACACACACCCCCUUCCCUCCCUUUAUGUAAGGUUCCACCCUCUGGAAAACAAAACUUUUUUUUCCUUUUCCUGGAGGGACAGACCUCAGUGAAGUUGGGAUAAGAAUCUUAAGAACAGUCCGCCAGAGUGGUAACGGCCACAGCGGCCUCUUUGGACGAAGACUUGCUUGUAGCAUUCUUCCUCUUCUCGGUGUCAGCUUUUCUUAGUGCUUUGGCGCAGGGGAGGGGGGAAGAUCGGCAGACCCGGACGGCCGCUGACCCUCUGGAGUUGGUAUGCGAUAAGCAGCCCUAGCAGUGCCAUGUAUUGGAAAAGCGAUCAGAUGUUUGUGUGUAAACUAGAAGAAAAGGACGUGCCGGAGCUGGCAGUUCCCCCUGAGAAGCUCACUUAACCUGAGGCAUGGAGACUGUAAUUUGGGAGACGAAGCCUCGAGCCUAAGGCGUUCUCGGGUACAUUGCCAGGGGCUCAUGUCGGAGGAGUGCGGGCGGAUUGCAGCCCUGGCGGCCGCGAGGACUCGGAAAGGCGCCGGGGAAGAGGGACUGGUGAGCCCCGAGGGAGCGGGGGACGAGGACUCGUGCUCCUCCUCGGCCCCGCUGUCCCCGUCGUCCUCGCCCCGGUCCAUGGCCUCGGGCUCUGUCUGCCCCCCUGGCAAGUGUGUGUGCAACAGCUGCGGCCUGGAGAUCGUGGACAAGUACCUUCUCAAGGUGAAUGACCUGUGCUGGCAUGUUCGGUGUCUCUCCUGCAGUGUCUGCAGGACCUCCUUAGGAAGGCAUACCAGCUGUUAUAUUAAAGACAAAGACAUUUUCUGCAAACUUGAUUAUUUCAGAAGGUAUGGAACUCGCUGCUCUCGUUGUGGGAGGCAUAUCCAUUCUACUGACUGGGUCCGGAGGGCCAAGGGGAAUGUCUAUCACUUGGCAUGCUUUGCCUGCUUUUCUUGCAAAAGGCAACUUUCCACGGGAGAGGAGUUUGCUUUGGUGGAAGAGAAAGUCCUCUGCAGAGUGCAUUAUGACUGUAUGCUGGAUAAUUUAAAAAGAGAAGUGGAAAAUGGCAAUGGGAUUAGUGUUGAAGGUGCCCUCCUCACAGAGCAAGAUGUUAAUCAUCCAAAACCAGCAAAAAGAGCUCGGACCAGCUUUACAGCAGAUCAGCUCCAGGUUAUGCAAGCACAGUUUGCUCAGGACAACAACCCAGAUGCACAGACCCUCCAGAAACUGGCAGAAAGGACAGGCUUGAGCAGACGUGUGAUACAGGUGUGGUUUCAGAAUUGUCGAGCACGCCAUAAGAAACACGUCAGUCCUAAUCACUCCUCCUCUGCCCCAGUCACAGCAGUCCCGCCCUCCAGGCUGUCUCCACCCAUGUUAGAAGAAAUGGCUUAUUCUGCCUAUGUGCCCCAAGAUGGGACGAUGCUAACUGCGCUGCAUAGUUACAUGGAUGCUCAUUCACCAACAACUCUUGGACUCCAGCCCUUGUUACCCCAUUCAAUGACACAACUGCCAAUAAGUCAUACCUAAUUCCUUUUUUCAGGGAUAGAAAUGAUUAAGGAUAUAAUCUUGUCAUUUAUUAUGUAUAAAAUACCAUUGAAAAGAUAUUAAUGUUAAUUUUUUAUUUAACACUCAAAGCAUUUUCAACAUCACUUUGCUUAACCAGGUAUGUAUCUAUAGUUGGCCUGCAAGACACUUUUAUUGAUUCUUCAUUUUUUGUAAAAUUUAUGUUUACAAGAAGAAAACAGAUCAAAACUUUUUUUGUAUUGUCUGGAAAUAGUUCACUCUAGUGUGUAUCUGUUAAUUUAUUUGUCAUCAAAAGAGCACUUUGCCUAAAAGAAAGGACUGACAAGUGUGCAAAAUGUUUACAAUCCUUUGUGAAAUUGUAGUUUAUCAUUAGUUUGUAUCUGUAAGUUAUUGUUAUAAAUAUUACCUGUAUUUUUUGUUAUAUACAACUUUAUACUUUGAAGCUUGUAUCUGUGAAUUUGCAACUGAAAUUUAUUUUGCCAAUGUUUUCUGAAUGAAUUGAAUAAAGCUUCUGUUGUAGCAUGCCAUGCAAACACAUUAUUGUGUUUGUGGUUGAUGAAUUAUGGCUGUAAAUAACACUAUAGUUUAAUAAGCCCACCACUCUAAGUUUAUUAAACAUUUUCCAUUCUUGUGAAAGUUUCAA